AUGGCCCUCUGGGCAUCCUGUACCCUACCAAAUUCUGUCGCUUUGUGCUCACCGCGAGGCUGGUUCGGCCGUUUGCCCCAAGCCGAACGGUGCAGUUACACUAUCCCCUUGCCCGUCGGUCACACAGGUCGGUCCAAAAACUCGGUGUCAAGAGCUGGUCGCGGGUUUCCUAAUGUAAUGUGGCUUUUCACAAGUCACAGAUUCGCUAUCACCUUUGUUUAUAACUUCGCUAUUGCAAUUUGCAUGAAGAUCACGCUCCGCCGCUGGAUCGACGAUGAUAGACUCGACGACAAACAUUGGGGCGCCGAGAUGCGGGAGGUGGAGUUGUGA